AUGGAGGGCAUAAUACUCGAUGAUGAUCCUGUCCUCCCUGCACCCAAAUUUGAGAUUGCGCUGUUCGUCGCCGCCAGCAAAGGGUAUGAAUCCAUCGUCAAGCUCUUGCUGGAAACGCCCGGCGUGAAUCUGGACUGUAAGGACGAUGAGGAGCGCACUCCACUUUCUAUAGCAGCGGGUGAAGGGCAUGAGAAGGUGGUUGAUCUUCUCCUGACCAGUGGAGGCGUUGACCCUAAUUCAAAGGAUUCGAAAGUCGGUCAAUCCCCCCUUUGCUGGGCGGCCAAAAACGGGCACGAGGGUGUUGUGGGUCGACUGCUCAAGUGCGGCGAUGUCGAUCUCAAUCUUUCGGACUCCGAGGGACACACGCCACUGUACUGGGCCGUCGAGAAGGGACACAAGAAUGUAGUCCUGCAGCUGCUCGAGGGAAAAGCGGAUCCUAAUAUCAAGGGUCCCGGUGGCCGCACCCCCUUGCUGUGGGCUGCCGAGCAAGGACACGAGGAAAUCGUCACGUUGCUUCUCCGGUCUGGGAACGCUAACGCAGACGACGCAGACGAUGGUGGCCGUACACCGCUGUGGUGGGCGGCUCGCAAUGGCCAUCUACCCGUGGUGAGACUGCUGGUUCGACAUGGCGCCAACAAGGAGGCACACCCUUCUGUCAAUACUGAAGGGCCACACGGCACGCCCUUGUAUCAGGCCGGUCGAAAGGGCCACGUCGACGUGGUCAAGUAUCUGGUGAAAAAGGGUGCGGAUAUCAACUCGCCGUAUGGCAAGAAUGGCCUGCCGCUGCUGCUGGCACUGAUCAUGUUUGACAGGAGUAAACGCGGGCUGAAGAUGCUACAGCUGUUGCUUCGAAAAGGAGCCGAUGUCAAUAUCAAGGACAGCAAUUCCGGUCAAACCAGCUUAUAUAUGACCACGGAAGAUGGGGAGGUGGAGCUGACUACAUAUCUCCUGAAGAUGGGUGCUCAGCCGAACCUGGCAGCGAAUGAUGGCACGACACCAUUGCACCAAGCGGUGCGGAAUGACCAUGAGGAGUUGGUGGAAUUGCUACUGUUGAACGGCGCGGAUUCCGAGGCGCAGGAUGGACACGGCGACACGCCUCUUCACAUCGCCGCAUCGAAUGGCCGCAGGAAGCUGGUCAAUCUGUUCCUGGAGAAGGGCACGGAUAUCAACGUGACGAACAAUUCCGGGGAGACCCCGUUGCACAAGGCUGUCGCUCAGGGGCGUCGGAAAAUGGUGGAAUUUCUGAUCCAGAAGGGCGCAAAUAUCGAGCUGCAGGAUGACUACGGACAGACUGCUCUGCACAAGGCCGUUUCCGCCAAAAACCACGUACUGCGCGUGCUGGUCAACAGAAAGGCGGAUAUUUCUGUGAAGGACAUGCAUGGGCAGACUGCGCUGCAUCUGGCAGCGGCGGCAGGACUGAAGGACGACGUGCACUUCCUGCUCAGCCAUGGAGCGGCGGCUGACGUGAAGGACAACAAGGGACAGACUGUCAGAGAGGUGGCUACCAAGGCGGGACAGAUAGAAGUGGAGGAGCUGUUGAAUUCGAUGAGCUUAGUAGUUCGGACUGAGCUGUCGGAUUCCGAGUCAGACGUCUGA